AUGACUGACGCGUUCGACUCUGAAUAUCGAGUCUUGACAGUCCUCUGCAAAGUGCUCCAAGGCAUGGCCUACAACAGCGGCAAGGGCUUCGGCAACUCGAAAGGGUCAAGUGGAGGAUACAGCGAGGCGCCCCUUGCGGCAGGAUAUGGUUCUACCCCUAUUACACCUACAGGAUUGACUCAAUUAUUCAUACGUCACUUACCCCCAGACAUGGACGAGAAUGGGGUUAGAAAUAUGUUUGGAAAAUUUGGUCCAAUUGAAAGUGUCCUCUUCCGUGGUGACGGUGGUGCAUUGGUAUUCGUACGCUUUCAAUACCCCGAGUCAGCUCAAGAUGCCAUCAAUCAAAUGAACAACUUCACAGUACCUUGGCCCACUGGCGGUCCAUACACUCUAUUAGUAGAGUAUGCUAAACCAAAACUAGGUCGAGGUGGAAAGGGUAAAGGCAAAGGCAAGGGCUCAUUUGACAAUGGAGAUUGGGAAUCUUCCACCAUUCCUCCGUCUCGAGCUCCACGUGAGAGGAGUAGAUCUCCUUAUAGUGGUAGAUGGGAUGACAAUAUACCGGGUAAAGGCAAAGGCAAAGGAGGAGGAGGAGGACCUCGGGGUCUAAGAGAAGCCACUUGUUUGGUUCACAAUCUGCCCGAAAGCACCACAUGGGAACAUCUCAAGAACUUCUUCUUUAAUGCCGGAUUCACCGCUGCUCACGUUAACAUGGGCACGACCCCGGACGAUUAUCCAGUCGGGUUCGUCUCCUUCGACUCCAUUGAAGAGAUGAUUGAAGCCAUGAGACAACUUUCGAAUUCUACCAUGCAAGCUCCGAAUAACCCGUCGGCGUCCACGAGUCGGAUCGUCUACAUGGAGCCCGAUGGCAUGCAGCGCCCAACUCCCGGCGCAUUCUUCAAGGGAAUCGAACAAUAUGUCACAAAGGAAGACAGCCCAUCUGGGGUACCUGACAACCAACAGGGUGCAGACCGAUGUACAGUUUACUGUGGAGGUCUAGCAGCCGAUGUACCAGCGGAAGAACUUAGUGCCAUGUUCACACCAUUCGGGAAAAUUAUCCGUCUCGAUAUCAAGCCGCCGUUCUACGAAUGGAAAGGAUCAUACGCAUUCGUUCUGUACGACAAUGCUGAGAGCGCUGCGAGUGCAGUAACCGCAUUAGACGGCUUGGAGAUGGCAGGAGCCCCUAACGGCCGUAUAUCGUAA